CAUUGCUUGUUAUUCAUGCUAAUAACUGAGUUGGCAUUUCUUCUCCAGUUUCUCUUCCAGGAUUCCCUGACCACUGAUGCUGCCAUGAUGGCUGAAGAGCUGAAGAAGGAGCAGGACACCAGUGCUCACCUGGAGAGGAUGAAGAAGAACCUCGAGGUUACAGUCAAGGACCUGCAGCACCGGCUGGAUGAGGCUGAGAACCUCGCCAUGAAGGGUGGCAAGAAGCAGCUCCAGAAACUGGAGCAGAGGGUGCGUGAACUGGAAACUGAAGUUGAAGCCGAGAAGAAACGCGGAGCUGAUGCUGUUAAAGGAGUCCGCAAAUAUGAGAGGAGAGUUAAUGAGCUGACCUACCAGACUGAGGAGGAUAAGAAGAACAUCACCAGACUUCAGGGUCUGGUGGACAAGCUGCAGCUCAAAGUAAAGGCUUACAAGAGACAGGCCGAGAAGGCUGAGGAGCAGGCCAACACCCACAUGUCCAGACUCAGGAAAGUCCAGCAUGAGAUGGAGGAGGCUCAGGAGCGUGCUGACAUCGCUGAGUCUCAGGUCAACAAGCUCAGAGCCAAGAGCCGUGAUGUUGGAAAGGUACCUAUUUGGACAAUACUCUCAGUUAAUUACACAUUAGAACCAUAUUGUGACAUAUUGCAAUAAUCUACAAUAUGUCAA